AUGGAGGACCCAAUCGAGCCUGAAAACGGGAAUGGGAAGCAAGCAAACAAGAAGCCAUUGGAUGUUAUGUUCAAAGAAGCUGUGAGUGUGAGUUUAUGCGAAAAUGCUGAAAGCAGUGAAAGCAAAGGAGAAAACAGUGCAUUGAAGAGCAGGUUGCGGGAAUUGGAGAGAGAGGUGAGACGGCUGAAAGCGAAUUCAAGAGUGGGAAAUAAGGGAUUGAAGAAAAGUAAGGAUAAGGGUUUAUAUGCAGUCUUUAUGAAUCAAGAGGGUUGCAAGGAAGGGUACGAGGAGAGGGGGGAAGAGCCGGAAGAGAGUGUGGAAGAUAAGCGAUUGAAGAAAAGUAAGGGUAAGGGUUUAUAUGCAGCGUUUACUAACCCAAAGGGUUCCGAGGAAGGGUGCGAGGAGAGGGGGGAAGAGCUGGAAGAGAGCGUGGAAAAUAAGGGAUUGAUGAAAAGUAAGGGUAAGAGUUUACAUGCAACGUUUACAAAUCAAGAGGCUUGCAAGGAAUGGUGCGAGGAGAGGAGGAGGGAAGAGCCAAAGGUUUUUAAAGAGUUCUUGCCGGAUAUGGAAGUGUUUGCGAGUCAUUUGUACAUGGAAGGGUACUUUAACGAUGCGAAUUUCUUGAGGGCAAAUAAGUUGGAAUUUGAUUAUUUUGAGAGUCAUUAUGGUCGGGGUUAUAUGAGGUUUGCGGCCGAGAAGUUUGGCAAGGACUAUCAAGAAACUGCAAAGUAA